AUGAGCAACAAAACCGUUGUUAGUUUCGGUGGAGCAAACAUUAUAACAACCCUCACUAACAAAGCCCAAGUGAUAGAUGAAUGGGUGGCAGAGAUCAUGCCACGCUACGCCACCACCGGUCAAUCAACGGUGGUGGGGCUAGACAUAGAGUGGAUGGGCUGCCCCAACUUUACUUUUGUUGGGGUUGAAGUGGCUGAUGACGUGGCUAAGUUGAGGGAUGAGUAUGGGCUGGUUUGUGGAAAUAGUAAGGAUUUUCAGGCCCAUGCUUUGAGUGUUUGGCCCAAUAGGUGGUACCGUAAGCCCGGCCUUAAGGUUCUCGCUAAGGAUAUCGCGGGGCUUACUAUGGUUAAGCCUAUACAUGUUUGUAGGAGUGAUUGGCAAGCUAGGGUUUUGAGUAAUGAGCAAGUUGAGUAUGCUUGUAUUGAUGCUUAUGCUUCUUACAAGAUUGGGUACAAAUUGUUUAUGGGGUGA